UCCAUCCCAGUCUUCUGAAGCCCAAAGCGUCGGAUCAAUCAGAAAGAAAUCAUCUCUCGACAUAUCUAGAGCUCUUCUUCUUCUUCUUCUUCUUCCUCCUCCUCCUCAGCUCCCGAGCUCAUCCUGAGCAUAGCAAGGCAAGCCAUAGCCGGAAGAUCCGGUCGAGAGGGCGGGACCAUGUCGGACGUGACGGAGGUGAUGGAUCUGGGGGCGGAGGAGCCGCGGCUGUCGCUCCCGCCGGGCUUCCGGUUCCACCCGACCGAUGAGGAGGUGGUCACCCACUACCUCACCCCCAAGGCCGUCAACAACUCCUUCUCCUGCCUCGUGAUCGCCGACGUCGACCUCAACAAGACCGAGCCGUGGGACCUCCCCGGGAAGGCGAAGAUGGGGGAGAAGGAGUGGUACUUCUUCGUGCACAAGGACCGCAAGUACCCGACGGGGACGCGCACCAACCGGGCCACGGAGCGCGGCUACUGGAAGGCGACGGGGAAGGACAAGGAGAUCUUCCGCGGCAAGGGCCGGGACGCCGUGCUCGUCGGCAUGAAGAAGACGCUCGUCUUCUACACCGGCCGCGCCCCCCGCGGCGAUAAGACGCCCUACGUCAUGCACGAGUACCGCCUCGAGGGCCAGCUGCCCCACCGCCUCCACCGCUCAGCCAAGAACGAUUGGGCUGUUUGCCGGGUGUUCGACAAAGACUUGGCGGCGAAGAAUGCGCCGCAAGUGCCGCCACCGCCGGCGGCCGCCGGGGCCAUGGAGGACCCGUACGCCUUUCUCGACGACUUCCUCAACAACCCCGACCUGCCGAUGCUCAUGGACUCCCCCUCCGGCGCGGACGACUUCGCCGCCGCGUCGAGCUCGACCUCCAGCGCGGCCCUGCCGCUCGAGCCGGACACGGAGCAGCUGACCAUCAAGACGGAGCCGCCGGUGACGCAGCAGCAGAUGCAGAGCCCCAACUACUUCUUCAUGCCGGCGACGACGGGCAGCGGCAACCACGGCGGCGGCGCCGGGUACUCGCCCUACCUGCAGGGAGCCAUGGGCGGGGACCAGCAGGCGGCGAUCCGCAGGCACUGCAAGCCGGAGGCGGCGUCAUCGUCGGCGCUGCUGCAGACCCCUUCGCUCGGCUUCUUCGACACGGGCGCGCUCGCCGGCGCCGCGGACACCUCGUUCCCGAUGAUGCCGUCGUCGCGGUCGUACGUCGAUCUGGAGCAGCUGUGCCGGGGCGAGCCUCCCAUGGACUUCUCCAACAUGUGGUAGAUCCAUCUGAAAUCCAUCCAUCCAUCCAUCCAUCUACCCGAUGGACAGGAUCGUCUCCGGCCGUUUGCUUUGGUGGUAGCCAUAGAUGGUUAAUUAAUUUGGUUGGUGCUAGCCGGUGGAUUGAUUAGUUUGCUUCAUUAACUUGGAUUAAGGAUUGGGUUAAUUAGCCGGCGACGAUUCGAGGAGGAGGAGGAUCGUCGUGUGUGUGUUUGUUGUUGAUGCGUGCAAGGCAUAAUGAUGGCCUGUGAGCGAGGGGGAGUGCUGAUUAAUCUUGAUUAGGGUGUGAUAUCAAACUGCUAGUAGGAGGCAUGCAUCUGUAGUUUGUACAUACAUAGUCACCUGAUGCGUGAUCGCCGUGAUACAGUUUAGCGAUUAGGGGACGAUGGACCGGAGGGCGAGAGGUGUGCCGAGACCGAGUUGAUUGGUAAAUCUGAUUGUGUGCUGCUGAUUGAAAUGAAUUAUUCCCCUUCUGAUCG